AUGGAUGAAAACAACAAAUUAGAAGAAGGAGAGCCAGUAUCUUCUACUCUGAAGUUACUGGAGCAAUACGAAAACCAUACCCAACAAAAGGAUAAAAAUCUAGAUUACAUAGAAAAAGGUGACUCGCGAUUCGACAGCAAUGCCCCAUCAGGUCCUAGUUAUGAUGAGCUUUUUAAGGAAAACGUUAAACUAAGGCUGAAAAUUGAAGAGUACGAGGCAGAAAUUAAAGCUUUGAACGAAGUCAUCUCAGGGCUUAGAGAAGGUCAUAAUACAACUCACGUUCCAGCGCAAGAGUAUGUUCCGCAAAAAAUUAUUGUAGAUUCGACUACUGACAGUUCUCCUAGGGAACCUUCAUUGUUACUACCUCCCAGAUCUGCUGAUAGGGUUAGACAUAACCAAAAUACUAUAGUAUCACGAAUUGAACAAGAAUCGCAUGAAUUGGUUCUUCCUAGGUCUCCAGCAACUUUCCAAUUGAAUAGCCGUGGUUUCAGAGAUGAGUUGAAAGGCAUCUCCGAAAUGAACGAAAGCAGGAAAGAAGGAGAAAGAGGAAGCAAGCUUUCUCCUACAGAAAAAGAUACUACUUACAACGAAGUUAAAGAUAGCGCAAUCAGUUCCAAUUCUGGCACUUUCAACAACAACAAUAACAUAUUGGGAAGUCCAGCAACAUCUGUUACAUACACAACAUCCCGGAUAUCAAUAAACUCUUCAUCCCCAAAGGUAUCAACGAAAUCUAAUAUAAAAGGACCAAAUUCGCCAGCACUAUUGCAAGCUGGCUCACACCAGCAAGGUGGCCCAGUGUCGCCUCAUAGGGCAAAUCGUGUUACUCAUCUCAUCAACAAUGAAAUCCGCUCACCAUUAAAGGAACAAUUUUCUGAUACCGAUGUUAGUUUUGCUACUGACGAUGUUUCAUCACAUCAUGAAAGUCAGCAAGAACGUGAAUUUGUAGACGAUCUCUUGCACAAAUCACCUAUUAUAGAGCGACUGUCCAAAGAUGACGAACAUAUAGUCGAAUUUUCGCCUUCCUCUAAGCAAAACUUGAAUAAGUUUACUGAAAUGAUCAACAAAACCUUCGGAGAAGAUGAUAAAAUUACAAACGAUAGGAGCACAGCUAAUACAGCUGGACCAUUCAAGUCUCCUCCUAAAUUUGACCCACCACUUCCCUCCGCAAACCAUAAUACUCUUGCUUCUCCUGUUAUAAUUCAAAAUAGUUCUGGAUCCCAGACACCAUCCAGUGCAACAAAUAUCCAAAGAGCUGGUAUCUCAUCCCUUGAUCUAUUAAAAAAUGCAUCUCAAGACAACAUAUCAAGCAUAUCAUCUGCUACAACUUCCAACCAUCAAUCAUUUUCCCCAAGGUCAGUAUCCUCUAUAUCUCGUAUCCAACCGCCUAGUUUCCCUACAUCAACCACUGACACUGGCUCACCGACAAGUGUCACUGGUGCUAGAGCUGGUGUUUCUGCACAAUCUCCAAUGGUAUCGGAAAUACCUCUAUUUGUUCAGCCAGAAGAUUUCUCAACAAUAAGAGUAGAAAUCAGGAGUACUUUAUACCACAACCCAGAGGAUUCCGCCAAAUCCGUUCUAUUUAGUGUUGUUGACAAGAAGUCUUCAAAAGAAAUGUUUAAGUUCGCAAAAUCUCCGGAUCAGAUAUUACAACUUGAUCAUCUAUUAAAAGUAAGGUUAAUUGAACAAUACCAUCUUCCGCUUCUUCCAAGAAAACAACUGUUCCAAUCUUCCGUCCCUGUAAAAGUUGACGCCAGAAGAGAGUUAUUAGAGGAAUAUUUCACUUCACUUUUUGAAGUUGAUACACUCCCACCUUUACUAUCAUUGAAACUAGCCCAGUUCAUAAGUACAGACACGGCUAUCACAAUGCCCAUGGGAAUGAGCGAAAACAUAAAAGAAGGCGUUCUUUUAGUACGCAAAAACAAGACAUUGGGUACAGGUAACUCUUGGAAGGUACGGCAAGCAAUCGUAGAUGAACAAACACUACUGUUGCUGGAUCAAGGAAAUUUAGUAGAAAAUGUAAGACUUGCCAAUAGUACUAUUGAACUUCAAGCAAAUCUUCCAGACGAUAAAUAUGGAACUAAAAAUGGGUUUAUUGUUAAUGAACACCGUAAGACUGGCUUGUCUAAUACUUCUAAACAUUACUUUGCAGCCGAAACAGCUAAACAAAGAGAAGAAUGGAUUAGUGCCUUGAUCAGUGUGUGUGGAAGUGCUCCUCCAAAUGUGAGAGCGGAUAAUUUUUCUUCCACGGCAAUGGACCAAAAUAGUAUUAGCGAUGCAUCAGUGGAUACCAGCUAUAGUGCUAAAAUUGGACCAAUGGUCAACUUAGAGGCUCUAAAUAAACCUCAGCAAUCCCAGCAACAACAAUCAGAAUCAAAUAGUUCUGAAAUAGACAGAGAAACAAAAAGGAAUAGAAUGAGAUCUUUCUUCCCUUUCAAAAAAAACCAAGGUCAGCUGUCAACAUCUUCUUUUGAUAUAUCAAAAGAGAGCGAUGAGUCCACUGAUAGAAUUUUUUCUAAUGCUCUAAGGAAUAUGAAUUUACAGGAAGAAUGUGUUUCAAACGUCGUUUUCGGUUCUGAUGUCAAACAUUGUUUAAGUUUAAGCUCUAAGAUUUAUCAAAGUAGUUAUGAGGUACCCAGUGUUGUUUAUCGGUGUUUGGAGUAUUUGUAUAAGAAUAGGGCUAUCGAAGAGGAGGGUAUCUUUAGACUAAGUGGAUCCAGUGCUCUAAUAAAAAUGCUUCAAGAACAAUUUGAUAGAGAGUAUGAUAUUAACUUGAGUGAAUAUAAUGAUCUACACGAAGAUGGAUCUAGCAAUGGAUCAUAUUUGGACGUCAAUACAGUUACUGGUCUCUUAAAACUUUACUUCAGAAGAUUACCACACCUGAUAUUUGGUGAUGAAAUGUAUGACGAGUUUAGAAGUAUAGCAGAAACAAAUUCAAAUGACUCGAAAGAAAUUGCAGUAAGAUUCAGAGACAUCGUUUGUAGUGGGAAGAUUGAAAAGGAAAAUUAUGCUUUAAUGUAUGUUUUGUUUGAGCUAUUAAUGAAAAUAAAUGAAAACAAUAAAGUUAACAAAAUGAAUCUUCGUAACCUAUGCAUUGUUUUCUCACCAACUUUAAAUAUACCGGUAAACAUCCUACAACCAUUUAUCGAAGAUUUUCACUGUAUUUUUAAUGGAAAAGAGCCAGUAAACAACGAAGAUAGACAGAACUUAAAUUUAAGAGUCCCCCAAAUGUAA